UUUAUUUGGAUUUAUUUCUUUAGGAAAGAGCAUUAAAGAAUACUACCAAUCGAUCAAAGAGGAAAUGGGAGUCGAAAAAUGGUUCAGUCUCCACACCACGACAUCACAUUCGACGUGGAAUGGUGUUAACUUCUCCUACCGGUCAAAUUGAGACAUGGCGUCUAAAGCAUUAUGAUGCUGAGAUUGGAUGGACUGGAAUAGAGCUCGGGCCAUUAUAUGAUAAAAUGAUGGAGUUAAGGGGUCAACAUCCUCUAGAAGAACUGUCUGAUAAAGAGAUUAUGGAGCGUGUACUUGGACGUGAUUCGGUAUACUUGCGAGGGUGGGGGCGGUCUCCUAGUGUCACAACUUCUACUUCACAUCGUGAAAAUAUUGUGGGUAAUCAACCAACUUAUGAAGAGUUAGUUGAACGACUUAAUGAUACAACUUCCCGCCUUAAUGCUACUAACGAACAACUUAGUGUAGUUGUGGAUAUACUUCGUCAUAACAAUUUGAUGGUACCGCCUCCACCACCUCCAACAGACCAAGCUUCAGAUGCACAUUUAAGAGAGUCGCCAUCUAUUUCAGUUCGGGAGUCACAAGAUGAUUCUUAGUUUAUUUACAUUAAUUUACUAAGGAAUGAACUUUAUGAAGUUUUUUUUUUUAUUUUGGUAGGGGUAACCUUAAAAUGAUAACUUUAUGACUUAUUUUAGUAUUGAACAUCAUAAAGAA